AUGGAUCUGGAUGUCCCUACUAACCAUCCAGGAGCUCUGAUCUUCUGGGCAUAUAUCGCCGCUGCUUUAGGCUUCACGGGAGUCGUGCUGAAAACCAUCAGGCAAUCGUACCUACAAAAUGGCCGGCCAAAGAUUCCUCAAUUCCUCAUCAUCCUGGCCGUCUCCAGCUUUGCUACGCUUUCCUAUCAUAUGCUCAGUGUCCUGAUCCUUUCUUACCGACAAUGGACAUCUCUUCACGCCAUACCUCUAGGUGCCUUGAUUGGAUCCAACAGGACACCUCUGCACUUGUGGCGUUGGUCCACCACAUCCUCGCUGUUCCAGGGCUUUGGUGAAGCUAUCGUGGCAAACAAAUUUAGGUGGUUCCUUUCGUCAUCCGGCUUAUGGUCUACUCUCGCGGUCGCUAUAUACAUGGGUAUCGAAGGUCGAAGGUGCAAAGUACCCAAUCUUUGGGCCUUCUUUGCACUUCUCGAAAUUUUGCCCACGUCUUUCACCCAAUCGCUCUUCUACAUCAUGCUAUUCACGAAGCCCCGCUCGGCGAACUCGAACGAUCAGCUACUGUCAUACUGGCCUUUCUGGUACUCAGUCCCACUGCUGUACAACUAUUGCUUGAGAUCGGCGUCUGAGUAUGCUGAUGACGGAGAGUGGCUUAUCUAUACUAUUCUCGCCGCACGUCUAUUGCUUAUCCUUCCGCUUGUGCUUCCAUUGAAUAGCCUGGGCAGUCUGCCUCCAGGCACGAAAUCGAACACGUUGCAGCAGGUGGCGAAUCUACCUUUGGCCACUUUCACUAUGGCUAUCCAAUUCUUUGCACAGAAGAGCGGCGAUCUGGAUGUGUGGGAGAAUACGUCUUCACUUCUGUUGGAGGCAUUGAACAGUCACCCAGCAGUCAAGACGUUAAGUUACGAUCUGGGUCACGCUGUCGUUGCAUUUUUCUAUUGGAGUCUACGAAGAGAGAAGGUAGAAUUGGUUCAUGACGUUACAGCUGAGGUGAUUGAGGAUGAACCAGCAGCCAAGCGAAAGUCUGCCAAUAAGAAGAGGAGAUGA